AUGUCAUGCUCUUUUCCAUCAAAUUGUUAUCAGCAAACACAAAUGUGUGACAUGUUUAUCAAAAAUUAUUGUACUGGUCAAACAAAUAUAAUCUCUAAAGAUUUAGAUUUUAUUCACCGAGUAUUUUCUGCAACACUAAUUCAAACAUGUUAUGUCAAUUUACCGGAAGAUCGUUUAUUUAUUCGAAUGGAACGUCAAGAAUACACAGAAUAUGUAAAAAGAACAAUGUUAUCAAUGGCAUGUGAAUCUGCAAGAAAAGCCAUUAAUAAUUCCAAUGGAUUAAAACUGGAUCAGAUAACGCAUAUUGUAUUUGGAACAAUGACAGCAACAAUCGGUGCUCCAUCAAUGGAUAUAUACAUAUCAAAAGAACUUGGUCUUAAUCCAAUUGUCAAACGUUUGAAUGUCGAAGCAAUGGGAUGUUUAACAGGCUUUCGUUUAGUUGGUUUAUGUCGAGACAUAGCACUUCAAUCAGAAAGUAAUAUUGUUUUAUUAAUUGUUUGUGAUAUUCGAUCAGCAUUAGGAAAUCAAUUGACACCAUUUAUUCCAAUGGAACCAAUCGAUAAAUCAAAUGUUAUAGUUGCCGCUCUUUUUCGUGAUGCCUGUGGUGCAGCUAUUUUCUCACAAAAAGUUCCAAAUCAAUACUGUACUGUAAUAGAUCAUCGUUCGGCAAUAAUUGAAAAUACAUUAGAAUUGGGUCGUUUAAAAGAAUUUAAUGAUUCAAGUAUUCAUUUAUAUUUAGACAAACAAUUACCAUAUGCUGUAUUUAAUCAUGUACCAAAUAUUGUAAAUAAAUUACUUGAAGAAUAUAAAAUAGAUAUACAAGCAUGCCAAUUUGCUGUUCAUACAGGUGGACCGAAAAUAAUUCGAGGAAUUCAAAAAUGUUUAGAUCUUAAACAUGAACAAUUAUGUGCAUCUUGGUAUGUUAUGAUUAAUUAUGGAAAUCUUAGUGGAAGUAGUAAUCUUGUUGUUGUUGAACAUUUUCGUCGUUGGAAAUAUUCAUCUACAAAACCUAUUUGUAAAAAUGUCAUUUUUCCAGAAGACUUUAAUGAAUAUAAAUAUAUAAUUGGCCUUUCAUUUGGACCUGGAAUCGCUGUUGAAUGUGUUCUAUUUGGGUUAGAAUGA